AUGCCUGCGUACUCGACAUUUACUGAUGGAAUCGGCCCGGGACAUAGUGCCGACAACAUGGCGAGGAUACGACACAGGGGCUUGAAGCCCGGCGGAGGUCAGGCCUCAAUGAUGAGCAGCGUCAUAAACCUGCUGAACACGAUUGUCGGAGCUGGGACCCUCGCCAUGCCUUCGGCCCUUUCACACAUGGGCAUCACGCUCGGUACCGCCGUCAUAAUCUGGUCCGGUUUGGCCUCUGCCCUCGGACUAUACCUUCAGUCCCGGUGUGCGCGCUACAUCGACCGCGGCCACUCUUCCUUCUUUGCGCUCUCACAACUGACGUACCCGAACGCGGCCGUCUUCUUCGAUGCCGCCAUUGCGAUCAAAUGUUUCGGCGUCGGCGUCUCAUAUCUUAUCAUCAUUGGUGAUUUGAUGCCCGGCGUGGCGCGGGGUCUUGUUUCGGAUGCUGGCUAUGGCGACGGGGCCGAUGUGCUUCCGCCGUACAUGCUGGAUCGGAAUUUCUGGAUCACUGCCUUCAUGCUGGUCAUCAUCCCCUUGGGAUUCUUGAGGAGACUGGAUUCACUCAAAUACACGAGCAUCAUUGCGCUUGUGUCUAUUGGAUACCUCAUCAUCCUCGUCGUUUAUCACUUUGCUGCCGAGUCGCAUCCGAACCGGGGUGAAGUUCACUACGUUACCUGGGAGGGGCCGGUUGCUGUGCUUGGGGCUUUCCCUGUGGUGGUGUUUGCGUAUACAUGCCAUCAAAACAUGUUUUCUAUACUGAACGAGAUCAAGGAUGGCUCUCCCGGCAGUGUAGUUGGAGUCAUUGGCACCAGCAUCGGAUCGGCAGCUAGUAUCUACAUCCUCGUGGCGAUUACCGGCUAUCUGACCUUUGGCAACCAGGUUGUUGGGAAUAUCAUUUCGAUGUAUCCCGCAAGCAUCGCCUCGACCAUUGGAAAGGCCGCCAUUGUUAUUUUGGUCAUGUUCAGCGUCCCGCUCCAAAUCCACCCCUGUCGCGCAUCGCUCGACGCGGUGCUCAAGUGGCGCCCUAACCGCAACAGCAACCCUGGCGGCGCACUCCCCGACUCGGCGCUCAUCCCGACGGCUUCGUCCACCGACUCGCACGGCUCCCCAACGACGCCAAUGUCGGAUCUCCGCUUCGCAGUCCUGUCGACAAUCAUCAUUGUCUGCAGCUACGCCACGGCCCUUACGGUCUCCAGCCUGGACAGGGUGCUUGCGUACGUCGGCUCGACAGGCUCAACGGCCAUCUCAUUUAUUCUUCCUGGACUGUUCUACUACAAGAUCAGUGAUCCGGAUAGCAUUCAUCACCAGCGCUUGACCAAGGACGAAGACGAUGCCGACGACGACGACGAUGUAGAUGCGUCCACUGAUGAGGAGAACGGUAACCUGGACCCGGCCGGUGCUGGGCUGCUCGAGAGUGUCGUCAGCAUUCGGUCCGGCAUGAGCGCCGCAUCCCGACCGCGCGGGACCAAGUGGCGGCGCAGGCUGCGCUGGGACCUCGAGCACCUCGAGCACGGCCUGCUGCGCAAGCUGGCGCUGGGCCUGGCCAUCUACGGCAUGUGCGUGAUGACCGUCUGCUUGAUCAUGAAUACAUUUUUUGUCCAGACGAAGGAGUGA